CCGGUGACCGGCUUGGUGGAAGCACGUCGCUUUCAGUUCUCGCUCAGCCAUCGGAUAGGCUAUACAAGAAGGCCAGGCUGUUAUAACCAUGGACGCUACGAAGAUAUUGUUGUUGCUUAAUUCUCCAUACACAGCUGAUGUAAUUGGUAUAUGCAAAUGAUUCUAGUGAAUUGAAAGAGGAGUAAUCGUGACGCAAAUUAAGAAAUAUACUUAGGAUGGUUAGAUUAUUUUGCGUGAUAAUGUAUGGUUCCAGGAUGGAAUUCGGCAAAAAUGUCACCAAGUAAACUACGAUAAAUUUGAAUUGAAAAGCUGUUGUUGCAGAAAAUUCAGGCAAAGCAAAACACAAAGAGGCUUAUUAUGGGGACUAACAUCGGAACAAAAUGGGUUUGGGUUUUCGGAUUCUGGGUGAUCCUGAGUCUGUCCUCGAUACCACAAGUGGAAAGCGAUAAAUUGCCAAAAACUCCCCCCGUGGCCACCAAGUACGGCCAACUCCGUGGAUUUUACCGCAAUGUGAGCGGGUACGGCCUGCGUGUGGCCACGUACCUGGGCGUGCCUUAUGCUACCCCACCCGUUGGUGCAAACAGGUUCAGCCCCACCCGCACUCUGUCACAAUGGGUAGGCGUGCACGAGGCCACCCACUUCGGACCGGCCUGCCCCCAAAAACUACCUGAUAUCUCGAAUGAAACGGCCGCUCUGUCAUACAUGUCCCGAGGGCGUCUCAAGACCUUACGGAAAUUCGAGCCUGUCUUGAGACGUCAGAGCGAAGACUGUCUCUACCUGAAUUUAUACGUACCAGAUGAAGACAGGUAUACAACAGGCUAUCCUGUGGUGGUGUACGUUCACGGGGAGUCCUACCAGUGGGGGUCUGCCAGUCUCUACGAUGGCUCUGUCCUUGCUGCCCUCGCUAAAGUCAUUGUCGUCACCAUCAAUUAUCGUCUAGGUAUUUUAGGUUUCUUCAACCCCAAUGUGGAUCCCGUGGGACGUGCCACGGUUGCCAACUACGGGCUAAUGGAUCAGUUAGCAGCCCUUCACUGGGUACAAGAAAACAUCGUGCGAUUUGGUGGCGACCCGGGACAAGUGACUGUCAUGGGUCAUGGUACCGGGGCUGCCUGUCUCAACUUUCUCGUUAUAUCUCCGGCAGCUGUUGGACUCUUCAAGAGAGCCAUCUUGAUGUCGGGAUCAGCCCUGAGUCCCUGGGCGGUCGUGCAGGAGCCUGUUUACUAUGCGGUGCAGGCCGCCAGGCAGCUGGCCUGCGAAGUCCCAGAGGACCUGUACCGACACUACGAAUCUCUCCUGCACUGUCUGCGAGAUCGCACCAUUGACCAGAUCCUCCAGGUGGAACUUGAGACGCCCCAGUUCCUCUCUGCAAUCGGCCCUAGCGUCGAUGGUGUCACCAUCAGGAGCGAGUGGAAACAUCAGCAUAUGAAGAUGGGUCAGGAAGGACGGACACCGGUUGAUCUCCUCCUCGGGUUCACAGCAACGGAUGUCCUGGCUCUCUUCAGCGAUACAGAAAUUCACAACGGGUUCGAAUCCGACCAUCGAGAUCGAUUAUUAAGGACGUUUGUUACGAACAAUUACAAAUACCACCUCCAGGAGAUCGUGUUGGCCAUCACAGCCGAGUACACAGACUGGGCCAGACCCGUCCAGCACCCCGUCAACAUCAGGGACCUAACGGCUGAUGCUUUACACGACGCCAUAUUGGUCUCACCAAUGACAGUUGCGGCAAAUCAACUGUAUACGCCCACGAGACAAACAUAUCUGUAUGUUCUGGAUUAUCGGCCUGAAGAGCCAGAUCCCGAGAGAGGUCCAACGGUCCCGAUGAACGAACUGGUGUAUGUGUUCGGUGCCUCACUGGGUGCCACGGGUCCUCUGGCCAUCGGUAUGAGUUACAGCAAAUCGGAAGUCUCCUUGGCCGAGUCUGUCGUCACCAUGUGGACGAAUUUCAUUAAAACUGGAAACCCCAACGAGGCUGGCCGCGGAGAGACCUCCUGGGACGUCCCCAAAGAUAAAUCCCGCUACCGCACGCAGGACUGGGCCAACUACGAUCCCACUCAUCGUCGAUAUUUAGAACUUGGGAGCCGUGGGCGAGUGAGAGACCAUUACCGUGCCAGCCGAGUUGCCCUUUGGUCAUGGCUGGUACCAGGUCUGGAAAAGGUUGGCUCACGCUAUGGCCCCGAGUCUCCUUUUCACCGUCUACCAAAUUACCUGCAGCCAGACACUUUCUCUGGCCCGACACGCCCCACCAACCUCUCCAGCAACUUCCUCCCUCCUCCAACAACCCCACCACCAACCACCGUUCAGCAGUCAACGUUACCGCCCACCACAAUCCACCCGACCGUCAUGAUCAUCGCCAAUACGAGCAGCGUGGCAGGUCUGAUGGAGGACCCGGACGCCGCCAACAUGCAGAGAGCCAACUUCCCUUACACGACGGCUCUCAGCCUAACGGUGGCCAUCGGGUGCUCUUUGCUCAUCCUGAACCUCCUGGUGUUCGCAGCAGUGUACUACCGCCGCGACGGCAACCGCAAUCACGCUUUCAACAAGCAGACGCACGACGGGAGCAGCGACAGCGGAAAUGACGUCCAGUUACACCCAGCUAUGGACCCCUGCAAGCCCAUAUCCCCGUCUCAUUACGGGACGUUACGUUCGUCCGCUACUCUGAGGAGCAGCCUGGCUACCUCCUUCGAGGGCGACUCACAGCACGAGUGGCCUCCGGAUUACAGCACCAGCUGCCAGGUGGGGGAAGACAGCGUGCCCUGCGGUCCGGGGAGCCAGUGCUUGCAGGCCAUGACCGGCCCGGGUCAAAAGCCCCAUAAUGGCACCGCCCCAACUCGAAGAACACUGCCAAGACAAAACCUUCCUUAUAACCGCGUCGAAACCCAGAUACCCUCGGGGGCAUAUACCCACGACGAUACGCCAGACAUGCAUGUCUGAGGUAUAGAGCUUAGCUCCUUAGGGACCUUAUGUCUUCAAUUGCUGCUUUCGAAUGCUGUGUGUGUGAGUGCACAUGAGACGUUUUAGAGACUUCUAAUGCAAUGUGAAAUUGUAAAAUAUAAACAUUGCCGUAAAACGAUACAUAUACAUUUAAUAAAAGGAAAGAGCUGUGGAUGCUAGGAUAGAUUUAUUUAUUUAAAACUGAUGUCGAACGUUAGAACUAGCUUCAUUGUUGUGUUAAUAUACUUGUUCGCUAAAGAAUGAGAUAUUCAGUUUUGCAUAUCUCCAAAAACAGUGAUUCUGGUUAGCUACGAACGAAGAACUAUUCUACAAUAAAAAAAAAAAUAGUUAAGAAGUUAAUUCGGUCAGCACAGAGACUAGAAAAGAGUUAUGAGUCCGGAGACAAGACAAAACUGUAUAGUGAAAAAUUAUGCAAUAUUGUAAAUGGCAGUUUUGAAAUAUCAGGGAGAGAGGUCGGUCAAAUGUGAGGUUAUUGAGAAAAAUAUAUUUCUAUAUCACUUUAUAAGAAUAUAGUGAAAUAGCUAAGAUUUGAUGAUGAAUGUUAAAGUUAAGUUGAAAAUAAUUUGUCUGCACUAUGUAAACAGAUAUGUAUAAUGGAAUAUAUUAAAUAAUCAUAUUAUCAGUCAUUUUAAUAUCAGUGAAAUUACACACAACUGUCAUGAAAAAGUGUUAAUGUAAACUUGUUCAAGAUGCAAACAUUUCUGUUCAAUAAAUUAAAAUCUCCUUCCAGAUGCCAUCGAUGCGACAACAAUCUAAAUCUGAACGAAAAUUUUAGAAAAUAGCCACUUAGCAGAGAUAGUAAUGAACUUGAUUCAAACUGAUACAUUCUUCUGAUAUCGUAAUUAUGAUACGCAGGGUGUUGCCAUACUCAUAUUCAGUUUCCAGUUUACGCUUCACAAAUACAUAAAUCUUUUUCAUUCAUACUCUGCAUUUCCUUGGACUCUAGACAAUUCUCUCACUACCUACCUGUUCAACACAUCACCGUCGGUCUCACAUACAUCUUUCCUCCUAAAACUCCCUCUGUUUACCAAACAUUAUCACCUUUGGUAACUAUUCAAACCUCUUUUUAUAACACGCAUGCAUUUCUCACCCCUUUUAACUUUUCUCACUCUAUUGACUUACCAAAGAAGUUCAUCUCGGCAGCUUCUAAAUCUUCCUGGCACUUUCAUUCAACUGACACACUUCUUUUACGUAAAGGAGAGUUGGCUUUACAAUGCCUUCAAACACCUUCACUAUCUAUGUCCGUAACGAGUCCUCUUUUUAAUCCAAACUUUUCACAGACAUCCUGUUAUCUUCCUUAUCUUACCUAUUCUGUCUUACUGCUCUCAUCCUUCAGUCAAGAAGCCCGUUCAUUCCACCAUCAUCCACUCUGACAUGCAUUUAUUCAUCUUCUAGUCUUCUAAUUUCAAUUAUUACUUCUUCUAGUUAAAAUUAAAUUCUAUCCUCUUUCGAAUGUAUUCAGAUUUCAGGCUUCUCAACUUAUCUUUAAUCCUUUAUUACCUUCAUUAACGUGUUAUUAAACUUGGAAAAUUUAUGGCCAUAAUUUGUAAAAUAACUCACUUUGACACAAUUCUCAAUUAAAACAAAUUCCCAUGUAAUUGUUUCUGGUGAUUAAUAUGAAGAG